CCCGUAGCAACAGUACUGAUUAAGCAAAACUACAUGCAUAUUCAUUACGGUAGGAAACGACAUUAAACACAGUGCCUUAAAAAGAAUAACUUUGUUUAAGCACAUCAAUUUUACGCAAAUACAAGUCUACAAAUACCGAAUCCAUAUGGAUCCUCCGAAGCCAGGAAAUAAAUGGGAAUGCUCAAAGUGCUCGAAAACGUUUAAAACCAACAGUGAGCUGACUAGACACAUCGUCACACACGACCCCUCUACCAAGGCCAAAUGUGAAGUUUGCGGCUCAAUUUUCAAACACAGAUUCACCUUGUCCCUGCACGUGUGGAGAGUUCACACCAACCGGAAGCGACCAAAAUGUGACGCGUGUCACCGGGUGUUUUUCGAUCUUCCCACUUUACGGCAUCACAUUGAGACAAUCCACAGCACGAAGGAUCGACCUCGUUUCUCAUGUACGUUUCCUGGCUGUGAGAAAACCUACCUAAACCAGAAACAGAUUUCGCACCACGUGAAAACUGCACAUUCCGAGAAUCCGGCCCGAUUUCCGUGUAUACUUUGCGGAAAGGAAUUUAAAACCAGGUCUGAACUUAACCAACACAUUCCCACCCGCACGACGGAGAAACCGUGCAAUUGUGCCAUUUGUGGGAGGGGUUUUCCCCGGAUGGCAGAAAUGAAACGUCACAUGAUGACACAUUUAGCAAAGUCUGACCGGGACGUGUUAAAUUGUCACAUCUGUCUUCGGACCUUCGUAAGCGGGGAUGGGCUUAACCGGCACAUUCGAGCUGUGCAUGAAAAGCUGAAAAGUUAUCCCUGGCUCAGUUUUUCUCAAGCACUCUCUAAAAAUCGAAGUCAUGGGAAGAGAUUCUCAUACUCAUCGCACUUGAUACGCCAUGUGGGGACAAAACAUGCCACGAAUCGAGAGCUCAUCCAUUCCUGCGACAAGUGCGAGUACAGGAGUCACUCGAAGCACAAUUUGGCCACUCAUAAAACGCGUCACAUUUCCACGAGGCAUGUAUGUUACUUCUGUGGCAAGAAAUUCCUCACUUUUGUUCAAUUGGUGAGCCAUUGUGGAGUUCAUACUCUGGAGAAGUAUUUAUAAAAACAACGGAACGAAAAAUGCUGAAACAAGUAUUUAUUAUUUAUCUAAUUGUAGAGGCCUUAAAUGAUUGCCGUAUUAAUUUGCGAAUUUUUACUAAAUAAAUAUGCCAUAUUUUUGGAAAA